AUGGCUCUGGUUGUGGACCUGUGCGCAGAGGAGGAAGCGGCCGAUGAGGUGCCCGAGGAGUGGGUGCGUCGAGUUGGCGAGAUUUGCCCUUGCGCGCCGCGAGAAGCAGUUCUGGCUUCGCUCCGCGAGACGCGCGACGUGGCGUGCGCCGUCAACCAGCUUUUGGACAGCCUUUCCCCGGUGCCCAGAAAGCGGCCGCGCGUCGAGACCGCGAGUCCUGGCCAAAGAGGCCAGGAGCCGCUGGCGGAGACGGGUGCAAAGACCACCCAUGACUCCCCUGCAGGAAAGGCGCUGCCGGGCUGGGGGUCGCUCCGGGCCCCGACUGCGCGCGACAUGAAGAUUCGGCGGGGACCGGGGUCGCCGCUGCAGCCGAAGCCCUUUGAGUAUCUCGUGGUAUUGGACUUCGAGUGGACUGCCGACAACCGGAGGCCGGUGAAGCCCAUCAGUGAGAUCACGCAGUUUCCCUCCGUGCUGGUGCGGCUGGCGGGCCACAAGAGCACCGUCAUCGACGAGUUCAACGCCUAUGUGCGCCCGACUCUCAAUCCAAUCCUGCCCCAGUUCUCUAUCGAUCUCACGGGCAUCACGCAAGACACGGUGGAUAAAGCCGCCCCGCUGGAGGAAGUGCUUCCUCAAUACCUGGAGUGGCUGAGAUCCCAUGGCCUGGUUUCCGAGGAUGGAAGGCGACAAGGCCACUGGGCCAUUUGCACCUGGACCGAUGCUGACAUCGGUGCGCAGCUGGUGCGCGAGCUGAGCUUCAAGGACCAACGGUUAAAUUGGCAUGGCAUACCUUGUGAUCACGCGGGCUUUCACGAGCCUUGCUCGGGCUCAGAGCGUAAGAGAGGGAGCGAGAACCGGGUGGGUGCCUUGAUGCUGGGGCAGCGAAUGCAGAAACUUUGGAUAAAUCCUUGGUGGACCAGGCCGACUCUUGCCAGACAAUGGCGCUCAGCUCUUACCUUGAAUGCGGCACAGUUUGCGCACAUUCUGGAGGCCAGCCCGACCCCGACGGAGGCGGCGUACAUGGAUGAUCCGCUGGCCAAGAUGACCGUGGCACAGAGGGGCAGGAUAUUUCAAAGAGUGUCAUUGCAUGCUUUGGCUGCCAUGCGGCCUAAAAGCAAGUUCUCGAAGGCGCCUGCAGGACUGUGCUUGAACGGGCAGAGGAGGAACCGGCAUCAGAGCGAGCAUGACUUGAAAUGCGACGGCCGCAAUGUGGAGUGCAAGGGCACGACCAUGCGCUGGGACACCUUUUCGCAGAGAUGGGAUGCUAUGUGGUUGGGCAUCAAGUUUCACCAAAAAGUGGGCUCGAUUGAUGACCUAGUCUUGUCUCUUCACUCUCCGGGCAGAGUUGAUGUGCUCUUGCACGAUCUCACAUCUUACGUUUCGCAUCACGGAGUGCGAACGCGCAGCCGAGGGCACUCGGUGUGCGUGAAUGCGGGGCAGGGGCUUGUGGAUCCCGCACAAGCUUGCGAGAACAUUCGGCGCAAACUUCUGUCGGCGGGAGCAAGUCUGCAGAUGGCCACGUGGGAUACGCACAGCGCUCUGGUAGCAGAAUUCAUCCAUGAAGAGUCCAAGUCCGAAGCUGCUGAGAUGUUUACGAUCUGCUACCGAGAUGUUCCCCUGUCUCAGAAAACGCCGACAUCAAGGGCUCUUUGUUUGCAAAGGUUGGCUUUCGAAGUGGAUCACUAUCUGCAUCCACGAAGCAGCUUGCAAUAUGGCUUUGGAAAAGCAGACCUUGUGGGAGUGAAAGUGCUCAUGCGCCGUGGCCCGGCAAGGGCCAGGGCCGAUUGGCUGCGUGACAACGUCAGGGUCGAAUUCAAGAGCUCGAAGCUCUCAUGGAACCGCGCCAAUUCCUGUUGGUUGGUAUGCUUUGCGGGAAUCAAAUACGCACACGCAUCCGAAGGCGGCUCCGCAGCAUAUGACGAUCUGUUGCUUGGAAUCUACAGCCCGCUGGGCUUGCAUUUGUUGCGGUAUGCUGGCAACGUUGGAUUGUCAACACAAGGUGUCGGCACAACAAUAGAAGGUUAUCAUAGAAUUGUCGUGCAAGGACCAAGCAGGGAAGAGGACAUUGCAGCUGCCUUACAAGUCAUACUUGGCAAACUCAAGGCGGGAGGCUGCGAAGCGUUGGCCAUGAUUCGAUGGUGA